GGGACCAGUCGCAGUGGUGGAGAAAAAACGCUCUUUUCCGACGAAUUUCAAUAAUAAAACAGACACCGACACACACAUCACGCGCAACGAAUUUAUUCCCGUAAAUUCAGCAUUUAAAAAUUUCUCUGCGGCAUAUGUGUGUUUGUACGAAAUAGCAGCCGAAAACCAAAGUGCGAGAGCGAGAGUACAAAUAUAAAACGCGUGCGUUCCCCUUCUAACGUAUAGUGAGUGUGACCGUUGUAUUUGUGACCUGUGCCAGCGAUUCAGCCACUGGAGGAUCUACGAACUACGAGAAAAAAACGAAGAAUACCGGAAAAUCAUAAAAGUAUUAUAAUCACGCAACAAAUUCAAUUUUAAGCAUUUUAACUGAAAUACAAAAGAAAUAAAUCAUGACUGAAGUCGAGCAACCGCCACAAAACGGCAUAGAUCCCACUGCCGGCGAGGAAGAUGACAGCAACAAAGCACGUCCCGCGGAUAUUGAACAGGAUAUGCGCGAAAUGGAGCGUCGCAAGCGAGUGGAGGCCAUCAUGGGCUCGAAACUCUUCCGCGAGGAGCUGGAGCGGAUUGUGGACUCGGCCCGUGAGGGCGGUGCCGGUGCCAGUGGUAUUCUGCAGCAGCUUUCGGACAUUGUGGGCGUUCCAGUGACGCGGGUGGGCAAUGUAUUCAAGAGCAACAACUGCAUGGUGCCCAUCAACGACAUACGCGGUGUUGAGUCCAUGGGCUAUGCCAAGGGCGAGAAGAUACUCCGGUGUAAGCUGGCCGCCACAUUCCGUCUGCUCGAUCUGAAUGGCUGGACCCAGGGUCUGGGCGCACAGAUCACUGCACGUCUCAAGGUUGAUCAAGAGUACUUCCUGGUCAAUCCGUAUGGGCUUCUCUAUCACGAGAUCACUGCCUCAGCGCUAAACAAGGUGGAUAUGCAGGGCCAGAUUGUGGAGCAGGGCACCACCAACUUUGGCGUGAACAAGAGUCACUUUGUCCUCCACUCGGUGAUUCAUGCUGCACGUCCCGAUAUCCGAUGCGCCAUCUACAUUGGCUGCAGUCCUGUGGUGGCUAUCUCCUCCUUGAAGGCUGGUCUGCUGCCGCUCACCAAGGAUGCCUGCGUGCUGGGCGAGAUCACCACACACGCGUACACUGGUCUGUUCGACGAGGAGGAGCGCAACCGUCUUGUCCGCAACCUCGGUCCGAACUCUAAGGUGAUGUUGCUAACCAACCACGGUGCCCUGUGCUGUGGCGAGACCAUUGAGGAGGCCUACUUUGCCGCUUGCCACAUUGUCCAGGCGUGCGAGACCCAACUGAAGCUGCUGCCCGUCGGUGUGGAUAACUUGGUGCUGAUUCCAGAGGAGUCGCGCAAGGCCAUCUAUGAGCAGUCGCGUCGCCCUCCAGAGGAUCUGGAGAAGAAGUUUGCCGCUGUUACGGCCGGCGAUGAUGGUGCUGCUGCUGCUGAGAAGGAUGCAGCUGAAGCCGCUGCCACGCCCAAGAUUGGCAGUCCGCCCAAGUGGCGUGUGGGCGGUGCUGAGUUCGAGGCUUUGAUGCGUACAUUGGAUAAUGCUGGCUAUCGCACUGGUUAUAUCUACCGCCAUCCUCUGAUCAAAUCUGAUCCACCCAAGCCCAAGAACGAUGUGGAAUUACCGCCAGCUGUGUCAUCUCUGGGCUAUCUGCUCGAGGAGGAGGAGCUCUUCCGUCAAGGAAUCUGGAAGAAGGGUGAUCUACGCAAGGGUGGCGAUCGCAGCAGGUGGCUCAACUCGCCCAACGUGUACCAAAAGGUCGAGGUCCUGGAAACCGGCACUCCCGAUCCCAAGAAGAUUACAAAGUGGGUGGCUGAGGGUUCUCCCACCCACUCGACGCCAGUGAGGAUAGAAGAUCCACUCCAGUUUGUGCCUGCCGGAACAAAUCCGAGAGAGUUUAAGCGGGUCCAGCAACAAAUCAAGGACAAUCGACGUGCUGAUAAGAUUUCCGCCGGACCACAGUCCCAUAUUCUGGAGGGCGUCACAUGGGAUGAGGCAAGCCGACUCAAGGAUGCCACAGUGUCGCAGACAGGCGAUCAUGUUGUAAUGAUGGGUGCCGCAUCCAAGGGAAUUAUCCAGCGUGGAUUCCAGCACAAUGCCACGGUGUACAAGGCUCCCUAUGCCAAGAAUCCAUUCGAUAAUGUCACGGAUGAUGAGCUUAAUGAAUACAAACGCACGGUGGAGCGGAAAAAGAAGUCGGUGCAUGGCGAAUACACUGACACAGAUUUCUCUGAAUCCGAGGCUGUCCUGCAGGCGGGGACAAAGAAAUACCCUCAGAGCGAGCCAGAGACCGAGCACCAAGUCAUUGAGAUUCAAACACAGCAGGCGCCGGUGCCACGACAGGCGGAAGUUGUGCUCAGCGAUGAUGAAGAGGAAGAGGAGGAUGAUAAAGAAAAUCAGCAGCAGCAGCAGCAUGGGCGGGAAAGGAAUUUGUCCACGAACAGCCGAUGCCGCAGGGAUCUGUUCCCAUCUCUGGGCGGGGCCACCAAUCGAUCAGAGCAACAGCAUAUGCAGCAGCAACUAUAUUCCUAUGUUUAUGCCACCACAGCUUGUUCUAUGGGUGGUCCUUGCCUGCAGCCACAAGUGUGUUCUGCUUUGUUGCGGUCACUUCACAGCGAGCAGUUAGGAUAUUUAGCCAGUUGCUAUCGGGGUGCAGGAUCCGUGGCCUCGAAUGGUUCAGGCAGUAGUACGAGUACUGUAACAAGCACGCUCACGACCGCUGUUGGUGGUUCUGCCAUUGUCUCCCGUCGUCCUUUGCAACAGUCAAAUUCCCCGCAUCCGGCACCGUAUCGCACGGGUUCCCAUUUUGGAUUUAUAUCGCCGCGUCAACCGGCACGCCUGGAGCACAAACAUCUGCCGGGGGAUCGGGAUCGAACGGGAUAUCGACCAAUGCAGCGGGCCAUUAGCUACGAAGAGAUCUUUGCCACACCGCGAUACGAGCAGCUGUGCCAGGCCUGCUUCGAUCAGCUGCUACGCCUUAAGCCGGGGCUGCAAAGAAUUGGGGCUGCUGGAACGACCGCCAGCAGUGGCGAAGAGGAGAUAGCCAGCAGUGUCGCAAGCAGCUGUAUAACCACGCCCCUGCAUCGUAACCAGCUGCUGCCCACUCUGACCGAACUGGUCGACGACGAACCUGAGGAGAUGAUGAUGCUGACACAGAGUCCAAAGUUGCAACGCAAUGCAUGCACUCAGACCCCGGGACAUCCUGCAUCGUCCUCUUCUACCACAAAUUUUCUCAAUCAAAUCGAAAGAUUUAAUUUCUCGGAGGAGUCUGCAAAUGUUAACUAUUCUCCUGGUUGUCCUAUUAGCAGCGAAAGUCUGGGAUUGGGAUUAGGAUUGGAGAUGGAGCCAAAGAUUUCCAGUGCAGCGAGCGCCACGAGUGCUGCUCCGCCCAGAGUAUAUCGUUCAGAGCAAAUGGCGGAUGUCACUGAAGUGUGGAGCUUUGGACGAUGGCUAGAACCGCAGGAGCAGAACCUAGCCGAAGAAGGUUUGGGACAGCACCGGAUCCUGUUGGAGGUAACACAGCAUUUUGCCAUCGAAGAGCAAGAAAUGGGAUCAACCGAAUCCGCUGAACGGCAGUUGAUGUCGCGCGAAGAGCGCCAGCGUCGAAAGUCUGAAUUCGAGGAGCUUUGGCAAGACCAUGUUGAAUUUUUUGGGGCCAAAGAGCAGCUACAGCUGGAGGAGAUGCCAAUGUCUACAGAACAGGAAGAACUGGAGGCUACUUCACUGACGGCUCAAGAUCAAGAUCCAGGGCUCGUGCCAGAGGCUGAGAAACAAGUGAUAUGUGUGACUCCCGAUUGUACAUCUAAUUUGGCGCCACUUGCUUCUCCCGAAUUGGAAGAGACUCUGACUCUGGUCAGUGAUGAGCUACCCAAAAUCCUACAGCAGUUUGAGGAGAAUCUGACAUUAGCCGGUGAGCAUCUGGAAAAGUUGGUUGCCACCACUAAGAGACUGCAGGCAAACGACACGACUGAAUCAUCGGUUGUGACCUCGAGCAGCUCUCUUGGGGAGAGUGGUGGCCCGCUAUUUCGAACGAUUAGUUUGGACAACAUUCCCCAUGCUGAUGACACUGUGUGCCUCGUGGAACCAGACUCUGCUAGCAGCAGUGAAAGCGAUGAAGAAAAUAGUCUCAAUAGAGCACAGAAUAACAUGGAACAGGAGGAAAAGCGCGAUGACGAGAAGCCUGUGUCUCCCGUUUCGCCAGAGCCAGAAGAGCCCUCAGAAAAGGAAAUGGAAAUUGCCAACGAGAAGGACGUGGAUGAAAACGAAAACCAGGAGGCAGAGCUCCUGGCCAUUGCUGGGAACUUGCCAGAAAAUCCAGCUCCCUUGGACACUGCCAGCACUAUUUUCACGCCCCUGGAACGUGAAAUUCUUGAACGCAUCGAGGCUGACAGGCUUGACGAGAGCGAGGCUAUCUUUGGGAAAAUUGAUCACUCAAUUCGCAACAAAAUGACACCAAAGAAACUGCAAGAUCUGGUCACCGAGGAAAUCUUUCGCACCCGUACUUACAUUUACUCCAGUCCCACCUCUCCAGUGCCGGGACUUUCGCCAGCAGACCUCACUUCCACCCCGAGUGGCUCAUCUAUGUCGGCCCACAACAUCAGUGCCCCGUGCAAUUCGAUGGCUCAUGUCCAACUGACAACGCGAUCCACAUCUCGCUUGUCGCACUCGUGGUCAGAGGACCAACUAAAGGGCGCGGACCAGGGGGAAGAGGAGGAAGACCCUAAGAUGAGAACUCCUCUUCAGCGCGUCAUCUCAUCAACGACUUUUAUUUGCCGGCCAAAUUUCCGCCGUAAACGCAACUUUAUCGAGGAAAAUAUACGCAAUGCCAGCAGACCGCGUACUGCGGGAGGUUCGAUUAAGAAACCGAAGAGCAACCCAAACACCGCCUCCAGGACCUUGUCGAGUGGCUCGUCGUCGGUAUGCGCGUUUCAGUGCGGCCAGCGUGAUAGUGGCGCCCGCCUCUGGGUUUCGUUGCCAACGCCUCCAAGGGCUGCAGCAGGCCAUAAGCGUGCCAACUCGUCGAGUACUACCACAGCUUUGUACACUUUCCGUGGCAGUCCCUCCUCCCCGUUUGCCAAGCGUCGCAAGCCGCCAGCAAUCCUUCCUCCCUUGCGGCAACCAAUCUUUACAACAGAGGAGAGCGGCGAACUAGGAUCUUCUUCAACCUCCAUGCAGCGAACCCUUUCCAGCCGCACAUUCUUUGUGCGCGGCGAUUCCGAAAACGACUCAGCUGGCACGUUCCAAAUGGAGGAUGCCAGCCAAGAGGAGGAGCAGGAACAGGAGGAGGCGGUGAACGAAUUCCGGGCAGCACCCAAUAAAUCAAAUGCCACCAACAGCACCAUGUACUACAGUGCCAACGAUAAUACGGGCGACGAGGGUGAAAAUCUACAGAUGAGCGGAGAGGAGAUAACAGGCGAUGAAAUGCCUUUGACCUCCAUGUCCAGUCGGGAGAAGUUGACUGAAGAGUCUUACAUAGAGGCAAGCUCCUCGGAGAUAUACAUGGGAGAAGUUACAAUUGAAAAAUCAAGCUCACAGGACAACGCUAUGAAAUCGUUAAUGUCGGAAAACCAACAGGCUAGCAGCCUUUACCACUUAUCAAUGAACUCGAAUACAAACGAACCGGAAGCACCUGAAUCCGAGCUCACACCAGAAACCUCUAGCCAACUUGAAAGGGAGUCAUUUUGGGAGGUGCCUAGGCGCCUAGAAGGUGGCUCAGAACACCAGCAAAAAUCUGAACCAAAAAAAAGUUGCAAGGAUCUUCCCAAAAGCGAAAGUAUUGAAGAGUCAUCCGGUUAUGAAUUGGUUGCAUCGCGAGAACUUAAUAAAAUGUUAAAGCCGACGCAGGAAAUUGAUAGUAACAGUGAUUUCGAAAAUGAGCAGCUACUCAAGGUGGUAAAAACAUUGUCAGAGGAAGAGGAGGAGGCUAAAGAGGAUGACAACAAGCCCAGCACUUCGAAGGCGGCAGCGGGAAAACAACGCAAAUAAGCAGAGGGGGUUAACAAUCAGAAGAAGAUUAACUUUACGUGGGAGAUGGCUGGAUAAAGCUAGAGGGGGAAUUACUUAAGGAUGUCAUAGGAUAUCUUGGUUGAAUCAGUUGAACCAGAAAAAGAAGAAAAGAGAAGGAUUUCAAACACUAUUUAUGUCGCAGGGGAAUGAUGUGAAAACGGUUUUGUUAUAUAUUCUAUUUUUUUUUUUGCAUU